UUCGCAGUUAACUCUGAAGCAAUCCGACGCUUCUGGGUGCUUGAUGUCGAUGGAAGUUAUGAGCGACACACCUGACAUCACGAUGCAUUGCUGGCCACUGGGUGAAAUAGAGGUCCUUGACUAUUGCAUACUGAAGCCGUCAGCAACGAUCGCGAAUUUGCAUGCUCGAGUGAUGUCGUUCCUUGCGUGCUCGAAUCCCCCCCCGAGCACGGCGUGGGUUCCACCUGUCGUUAUCACUGUGGGUGAUACUGUCUACCUGUUUCUUAUCAACCUGGACGUUCGUCGAGUUGACUUGCUUCAGUCAUUAUCGAUCGACCUCACAGAAGUCGAGCAUGGUUCAUGGCGGAAAAGCGAUGGCACUGACCUGCCUACGUCGAUCCGAAAGGUGCUCCUAGCUGCUGUCGAGCAGCAAGUCGGAGAUUGGAUGGUGCAACACUCGUUGAUUUCGUGGGGCAAACGGGCCAAUGGCGACGACGGACUAGUGGUCAACGGCGAGCCGACCUUUGAGUUCCGUACGUUGUCGUCGAACCGCAAAGACAACUGGAACACUCUCCGAGAGACUGCCGGCGAUGCUAGAUGGUGGUUUCGACUCAAAGUGGCGCUGUCCACACCGUCGCAGUUGGUCGUGUCCAUCGUCCCAAGUAGCAGCAACCAAGACUGGACGACCCAGAACGACGCUUUGAUGCGAUUGCAUGGCGUCAGUCAGUUGGCCGACGUGUGGGCGGUUGCCGACACCUUUUCCUGCGACGACGCGCUUCCCCGCCUGGUGGAGAAGGAGAAACCCCGGCUCAAGCGCGUUCGCGACGACACCAGUCCACAAAACCCCGUCGACGUGUCGAAAGAGGUGACCGACGAGUUCGAAACCGACUUUGACAAGGACGACGACGACAACAGCCAGGACAACGUUGUGGACAAGAAGCACACGCCUCUGCUGGGCCAAUUUGACCCCGACGACGAGUUCCUGGUCCCUGUGGCCCCGGAAUUGCCGUCGAAAGGACGCCAAGUAUGCGUCGAGUUUCCCCUUCAAAGCGGGGCACUGCCUGGUCUCAAGCGGGCGCGGAAGGUGCAGCCGUUCGUGCGCAAGCUGAAAAAAGCCAGCAAGAAGGCCGACGACCCCCUCUCCCGCGUCAAGUUUGUCAACCUCGAGCACGCCACCCCGUCGGUGCCCCUGCGGGAGCCAGCCACCGCCCACCCGCUCAACUUGAACAAGCAAGCCCUCGAGUGGCUAGCUCGGGACGUCAAGGCCGAGCUAUCGGCGUCCAAGCGCACCACAUCUCAGUCUCUCGGCGUAGCAACGUUCACGGCGGACGUGUACAAACCCGCGGCGCAUUCAUCACCCCGUCGUUACAUGCACACCAAGGCCAUCGUUCCCCCGAGUCGAAUCCAGCAGCCGACUCCGGACUUCCGGGAGGUUGACAGUAGGGCAUCGCCACAGUCGGCCCUGCCGCCGUGUGUUGUGGAUGUCAAGGUGGGUGGCGGCGCUCGAUGGCUUGCAAAGGCGGCAGUGGUGAGCUGGCAAACCCAUCAAGCCAAUGGCCACGACGACACGACAUCCGAGCACCAACUUGGAGUGCUCACGUCGUUGGUAGAGCCGCACUUGUCGUCCCUGAGCCAUUUGUAUGGAGCUGCGCCUUCGCAUUGGCUCAAUGCGCAAGAAUACUUGUCGCAUGUGACGACACAACCCCCAAACGGCCCCCUCGAAACACAUGUGCUAACACCGCCAUCGUUUGUCGCGUCGAAAGCCGACUCGUCCCACGUCGCCCUCCCGCCGUCGCUGCUCCCAGAAUGGACGCUGCGGUCCUGCGCUCCCAUUGGCGGACCCAAGCCCGUGCGCUUGGCCGUCAUCUGCCCGCACUCGUCCGGCGACUGGAUCGCGACGCUGUCACACAUGUACAUGGCGUCCCUGCGGACUUCGUACAUCAAUGCAUCCUUGGGGACCUUCAACGAUGUCGACCAUGAAACACACAAGAACGCUCUGGUCAUUGUCAACAAGUCGGACGACGCGGCAGAUCCAUUCAAAACGUAUCGCGAGGCAGUUACCGACUUAGGACGCACUGCGUUCGACACGACAGCUUCGAUUUUCGUCGUUGCUCCGUUCGGCAGCAAGUUUUCCCACCGUGUCACAGAUUUCCUUGGUGCGAUUUCUUCCCAACUUGAUGGAUGGCAGCCCUCGUUUCAAGUCGUGUACGUCGAAGAGUUGGUGGAAACGUGUGUGCAUGUCCAGCCGACGUACUUCCGAGAGCAGUCGUUUGCCCUGUACGAUCGUCUGUACGAACCCCUUCCCGCGGGCCUGGCCGCUGACGCUUAUGCGUGCUUGCCGCAUGGCGUGACCAAGAAAAUGUACCAUUUGGCCGACCCGAGCGCCGCCUUUCAUGUGUUUUUGGGCUACGGAUUGGCCAAUGGGUGGCUGCUAUCGGCGCUGGUGACUUCGAACGGGGGCGUUAUGGCCACGGACGCAGUGUUUAUCGACGCGCCCGACCUCCGGGCAGAAGACAUUGCCCUGCUCGUGGACAAAGUACUGCAUUUCGCAGCCCUUGGGCGCGACCAGGAUGCCCCGGCUGCGGUGGUAGCCACCAAUGCAUUGGCUCGAAUCAAUGACCGAGAAAGGGCCAUCUGGCACGACGUAUGGGAGUCCAAGGCCAUUGGGGAUACGCAGCCCGUUGUAGUAAACCAAUGGGUGCUGUCGUCUGCGGCAGUCGACGGCGACCUUGGAUGGACGAACCGCCAGGAUGCAGACAUUUCCCGCGCAGUCGCCGUCCACGACGCCGGCCUCAUCGUUCCGUCCAAACCAGCUAAUGUCCAUGGCUUGGAUCGGUUGUCGGCUGCACCAAACAUCGUGCAGCUUCAUGUCGAGGCGAUAUUAGGCCUGUCAAGUGCCAAAGUGGACGGUAUCCCCGUCGGCGUGACCGUUGAAAUUUUGAAAUGCUUUCAUGACCUGGCGUGGCUAACCGUACACCCCACGACGCUGCGCCAAGCGUCGGCGCUGCCCGUGCAUUUGUUUGCCGUUCAAAACAUGCUGUCGCUGGUAGCUCCCCGCCCCACCGCCGACAAAACGAUAGCCCAUACUAAGUAGUACGGAAUAGCUAGCGGAUUGAUAGUGCGAUAGUUUACAUAGGACGUGCAUGCUCGAACGUAAUGAACUCGUCGAUAUGCUUUGUGUC